AUGGCUACCAAAGCCCCUUACAAAACGACAUUCGAACCCGAGCAUACUAUACAACCAAUAUAUACUGGAGGAAGUGUUGCGCUUGACCAAGCUGGUCGCAUACUUGCUACAACACUGGGUGAGGAUGCAUUAUUGACGGAUUUGAAUACCGGCAAAGAAUUGGCUAGGAUAGAAGGAGAUGGCGAAAUUAUCUCGACGUUGAGUCUGACUCCAUCUGCUUCUCAUCUUAUCAUAUGUUCGAGAUCACUCUCUAUGCGAGUUUACUCUCUGCGACCAUCACUCGCCUCUGACCUCACUCUCAAUUACGAACUUCUUCGAACACUUAAGCCGCAUGCUACACCAGUGGUCGUUUUAGCUGUGGACCAGACGAGCACAUUGUUAGCAACUGGAGCAGCAGAUGGGAUGGUAAAGGUUUGGGAUAUUGUUGGAGGUUACGUCACACAUACAUUUCGAGGUCCCAAUGUACUCAUAUCCGCCUUACACUUCUUCGAAUUGGUCGCGAGCGGUAGGGACGAGGAAUUGGGAAUAUCAGCACGAAAUCGAAAGAACGAACGUCGAAAGAGUCAUACAGAUGACGACAACAAUGAGAACGAAGCAGCGAGAGGGUUCCGUCUCGCAUCUGGUAGUCAAGAUGGAAAAGUCCGUAUCUGGGAUCUCUAUAAGCGAAAUUGUGCUUCAGUUCUAGAUUCACACGUAUCAGAUGUACGAGCUUUAGACUAUUCGCCAGAAGAAAAUGCACUUCUUACCGGAAGUCGAGAUAAGACAAUAAUGUGGUGGGAUGCGAAGACGUGGAAGAUUAGGAAAGUUAUACCCGUGCUUGAGGAAGUUGAAGCUGCUGGAUUUAUCGACGCCGGAAAGUUUACAUACACUGGAGGAUCGAAUGGCACCAUCAGGGUUUGGCAAACGGAGAAUGGCAGAGAGAUCACAAAACCGCAAGCGAAUGGUGUAGAGGCGGAUGCUAUAGUGGAUGCGAUCUCAUUUCAUGGUCUUCCUUUCAUUCUAUCAAUCCAAGCAGAUCAUACAUUGAUCCUUCACUCAACAGCCCCCAUGGAAAAUGCAGAUUACAACAUCAUCAUCUCGGCUCUACCUCAAAUUCGACGAAUUUCAGGAACUCAUGACGAGAUUAUUGAUUUAGGAUUUCUUUUACCGGAUCGAUCCCUCCUUGCUUUGGCUACCAAUUCUGAGGAAAUUCGAAUCGUCUCUCUAAAUCAAAAUUUCUCAAAUGACUCUACAGAAUCUACCGAAUAUUUUGGUGCUGAUGUUGCUCAGCUCAAGGGACAUGAAGAUAUCAUCAUCUGCUUAGAUAUUGACUGGUCAGGUCACUGGAUUGCCACUGGGGCUAAAGAUAAUACUGCUCGACUUUGGCGUAUUGAUGCUGAAAACUCCUCGUUCACCUGCCAUACAACUUUCACCGGACAUGCCGAAUCCCUUGGUGCUAUCGCACUUCCUCACACACCACCACCAGAAUCUUCACCAGCCUACAAGUCCCCCUUGGAGCACCCCCCAAAGUUCUUGUUGACCGGUUCUCAAGAUCAAACUAUCAAGCGGUGGGAUAUUCAAGCUCAGACAGUGACGGGGAAAGCACCAAGAGCUUUAUACACCCGCAAAGCACACGACAAAGACAUCAACGCACUAGACAUUAACCACACCUCUCAAUUAUUUGCAUCGGCAUCUCAAGAUAAAACCGUCAAGAUCUGGUCUGCCGAAGAAGGAGAAGUUCAAGGUGUAUUACGUGGUCACCGCCGUGGUGUCUGGUCUGUAAAAUUCGCACCGAAAGAUACCCCAACUCUCGUAGGAGAUUCCGGUCCCGCUUCAGGGAAAGGCUUAAUACUUACAGGAAGUGGAGAUAAAACGGUCAAAAUAUGGAGUCUCUCCGACUACAGCUGCUUGCGAACAUUCGAAGGGCAUACGAACUCUGUCCUCAAGGUGGCCUGGUUGAAACUACCUGCCCCCGAAGAUAGAAACAGAAAGCACGUGCAAAUAGCCACAGCAGGUGGAGAUGGACUUGUCAAGGUCUGGAGUGCCACAAACGGGGAAGUGGAGUGCACAUUAGAUAACCACGAAGAUCGAGUUUGGGCUCUCACCGUCCACCCCAAAACCAAUAUGAUAGUAUCAGGAAGCGGAGACUCAACGGUCACAUUCUGGAAAGAUACUACAUCGGCAACAAUAGCUGCAAGGGAAGCAGCUAAUACCCAAUUUAUAGAGCAGGAACAAGAAUUGCAGAAUUUCAUACAUUCUGGAAGUUACAGAGAAGCUAUUGUUCUUGCGCUUGCGCUCAAUCACCCUGCAAGAUUACUCUCACUAUUCAUGACUGUUGUCAAUGGCGCACACGAAGAAGGAAGUAUCUCUGGUCUCAAAGCCGUUGAUACUGUCCUUGCAUCAUUAUCCGACGCUCAAAUUUUCAGCCUUCUUCUCAGAUUACGAGACUGGAAUACCAACGCUAGGACUGCUUCAGUAGCACAAAGGAUCUUAUCCACUCUCGUGAAGAGUUAUCCUUCUUCGAGACUGUCAAAUCUAAAAAUAAAGGGAGCACAAGGACAGAGAAGUCUGAAGGAAGUCUUAGAUGCUUUGAAGGUGUAUACAGAAAGGCAUUACAAAAGGAUGGAAGAGCUGGUUGAUGAGAGUUAUCUUGUGGAGUAUACUUUAAGAGAGAUGGAUGGUCUUGGUUUUAUUGAGAAUGGUGGAGCUGGAGCGCUGAAUGUUGAUGGGGAUACUAUUAUGGUGUAA